AUGUGGUUAACAGAGGAACUAACCUCACUGAAGUUCUAUGUGGUCCCAGAGGAACCAACCUACACGAAUGUCAAUGUGGUUACAGAGGAACUAACCUCACUGAAGUUCUAUGUGGUCCCAGAGGAACCAACCUCCCCGAAUGUCAAUGUGCUUACAGAGGAACUAACCUCACUGAAGUUCUAUGUGGUCCCAGAUGAACCAACCUCCCCGAAUGUCAAUGUGCUUACAGAGGAACUAACCUCACUGAAGUUCUAUGUGGUCCCAGAGGAACCAACCUACACGAAAGUCAAUGUGGUUACAGAGGAACUAACCUCACUGAAGUUCUAUGUGGUCCCAGAGGAACCAACCUACACGAAAGUCAAUGUGGUUACAGAGGAACUAACCUCACUGAAGUUCUAUGUGGUCCCAGAGGAACCAACCUACACGAAAGUCAAUGUGGUUACAGAGGAACUAACCUCACUGAAGUUCUAUGUGGUCCCAGAGGAACCAACCUACACGAAAGUCAAUGUGGUUACAGAGGAACUAACCUCACUGAAGUUCUAUGUGGUCCCAGAGGAACCAACCUACACGAAAGUCAAUGUGGUUACAGAGGAACUAACCUCACUGAAGUUCUAUGUGGUCCCAGAGGAACCAACCUCCCGAAAGUCAAUGUGGUUACAGAGGAACUAA